CUACUGCGCAUUUCGUUGCAAAGCAAGAAUGUGUACAAACCAGUAUACCGACUAUAAAACACAUCUCUCACGUGCCCGGUCUGCUUCAGUCCAAAGUUCUCAAGCUAGUUAUAAGGGGAAAAUGGAUGGGACAACACGGGAAGCGUUGUUUCCAAUUCAGGGUAUCCCAUUACCAGAGCGGGUGGUGAAGUACUGGGCAAGAGUGGAACAGUUCCAGGCGUCAAAAGAGGAUUUGCUCAUUGCCACAUAUCCUAAAGCAGGAACUACAUGGACACAGGAAGUAGUGGAUCACAUCCAGAAUGAAGGGGAUGUUGGAAGGUGCAGGCGCGCGCCUACUCAAGAGCGCAUGCCGUUCUUAGAGAUGACCUCUCCAGAUGGUUUAAGUGCUGGUAUAACUAAGCUGGAGGUUAUGGAUCCCCCUCGUGUUAUCAAAACUCAUCUUCCUAUCCAACUUGUGCCUCGUUCUUUCUGGGAGGCUGGUUGCAAGGUUAUAUAUAUGGCCCGUAAUCCGAAAGACACUGUGGUUUCAUAUUAUCAUUUUGACCGCAUGAAUCUUACCCAGCCAGAGCCUGGCACUUGGCAGCAAUAUCUGGAAAAGUUCAUGACAGGGCAAUUGGGUUGGGGAUCCUGGUAUGACCAUGUUAAAGGAUACUGGAGGGAAAGGCAAAACAAGAAAAUCCUUUACAUAUUCUUUGAAGACAUGAAAGAGGACCCUGUUCGUGAAGUAAUCCGCAUUGCUCAAUUCCUUGGAAAGCAGUUAUCGAAAAGUAUGCUAGAUCAUAUUGUGCAAAUGACAGCGUUUUCUGCUAUGCGAGAAAACCCCAUGGCAAACUACUCAACUAUUCCAGACACAAUCUUUGAUCGUACAGCCUCAGAGUUCAUGAGAAAAGGUGAGGUUGGUGACUGGAAGAAUCACUUCAAUGCAGAAGAGGAUGCUGCUUUUGAGGAACAUUACUGCAGAUUAAUGGCUGAUUGUCCUAUUCCAAUACGGUUCACAGUAUGAAAGAUUCAGAUGGAGUGUGUCUGUUUCCUAGCCCAGAAAACAUAAUUACAGUUUCAUAAACGACUAAAUAUUAUUAAUUAUUAAUGUUGAAUAUAUGUAAUCCCAUUUGCUCCUAUUUUUGUGUUUACCUGUAUUUUUUGAUGACCAAGACAAUGUAAUAUUAAUGUAGUGUGAAUGGGUGGUAGCUGUUACUCAUUCAAAGCUCUUGUAUGCAGUGUAAAGUUCAAGUGCCCUCAUGAAAUCAAUGGGACAUACAUGUUAUCUGUAUCCGGAAAUGGAAAUAAUCCUCAACAGAGGGCAGAAGUGUAAUAAAAAAAUAAUAGUUUUCAAAGCUUUGAAUCACAGGAAGAGGCCAAA